UGCAUGUCUUUGCAUGUUCAGUGUUUUUUUCAAACGCCUCUGCUAAACGUCACAGGCAGACUAGUUUAAAAGAAGUGAAAAUGAAAACAGACCGCACUGUUAAUCCAACACAGUGACAGAAUGAACACUGCUAAGCUCUGGGUUACAUUGCUCUGUGUUUGUGGAAGAGGGAUUUUGAGUCUGGACUGUGACUGGACCAAUGAGUAUGACAAUGACAACAGAUGCUGUAAAGCCUGUCCUGCAGGUGAGUAUCCCAAAGUGGCAUGUUCAGAAGUCAGGACAGACAGUCUGUGUGAGAAAUGCCCUCCAGAUCCAACACAUCUUUCAGUUGAGAACAGAUGUUACUGCAAAGAUAAGCAUUUAUGCGCUGGUUAUGAAUGUGCCAAUUGUCAACCCAGAAAUAAAUGUAAACCUGGACAACAGCUGAUGAGAUAUGGUAUUUUUGACUUCAGUUUCCAAUGUAUGCCAUGCCAAAACAACACUUACAAUGAUGUUGAGGACAGCACGUGUAAACCUAUUACAAAGUGUGAUGGAGUUGGUGACUUCUUCCCUGGAAACCAGACCCACAAUGCUAAAUGUGUCUCUGAAGAAGUCCCUCCUGAUACUACAAAAGGUCCUCAAGCACUCGAACAACAAAACGGGAGCCAGUAUUUUUAUUCUUUGAUGGUGGCCUGUAUAACCCUCACAGUGUUGACCUGCCUGGUUUUCAUCACACUUAAUGCUUUUCAAAUUUUCAAAUACAAGACGUUCAUAAAACUAAAUCGCAGUAAACUGUGCACUCAUGCGAAGGUAGUGUCCUCAGAAUCAUGCAAACUAUCUAAGGAGGAAAGGGGCGAAAGUGACCAUGAGCACAAGAUAGAGCUCUCUGAAGACUGUUGUGACCACAGCUUUCCUUAAAAACUCUGAUAGGAGGACGACAACUGCAACAUAAAGCUGAACAAGACAAUUACAUAAUACACCUUAACGGUCAUAUCCAUGCAGGGUCUGUUUGGAGAUGAACUGUAUUGAUCUGCACAAAAGCCCUCAUAAACACAUUCGCUUACAGAGAAAUCAGCAAAAAAGGUGCAUGUUUGCAUUUGCUCUUUGACAUUGAGUUAUGCAAUUUUGUUUUCUCAUUGUAUAGCACUCAAAAAAAGCAGUAGCUAAAUUAUAUUUCAACACAUGGAACACAAUGCCAAGCUUUGUACUGAACAUCUUGUAUUGGUUUUCAUCUGUUUUUAUGUGAAUCACCAUGAGAUAAGGUUUGCUCUCUGCUUGCAUGCACUGUUUCUGCUUAGUUCACGUCUGUUGAUUGGACAGUGAAGCACUAUUAUUCAUUGUCAUGUAUAUAUAAACACAAAUCAAUGUUCUUUUCGGGACUAUUUGUAAUUCAUCAUUUGAAUACUACUCGAGGUUUUAUUGUAUAUUAUGUUUGAAUAAGCUUUUGAAGGAGUAAAUAUGCUGUGCUUAAUUUCCUGAUAGCAGAAAUGUGACUGCAUACAGGGAGUAAUUUAUUGUUGUGUAUUUUGUAAAUGCUAAUUCAAAUUUGAGUCCUUUAUGAGUUCUAUAAUGGGGGCAACCUGUGAAUUUAAAUGUAUAUAUCAUAGUAAAAAAUGUACCGCA